AUGCCCGACCUAGCCCCAUCCCUCUCCUUGAGCCUAACGGCCACAACGGCCAUCACGGCCACAGCUUCACUGGUUUCUGCACCCUCCCUCGCUACCUCCGUCCUAUCCGCUGCAGAUAUUUCCUCCUUUUCCCCGCCCUUUCCGCCGCCAAUUCCGUCAACAAUGGCGGGGUGGAUCGGCUGGGUGUUUACCUUCACCUUCCAAGUCAUCCCCCGGGCUCUGUACUGGCUCAUCACCUUCACCACCAUUACACUGCCCACAUGGCUAUUUACGCUAUUUUCUAUGAGCCUCACCUUCACCAUGAACUUCACCACCCUCAUGUUGAUACUCCUGGCCGUGGUCUCGACCGUGAGCUGGUUCAUUCGCUACCGGUUUAUGAACAUGUACAGUCGCCUACCCCCGGAGCCCCAGCGCAAAGAAGCCCAGGUCGACCUCUUCCCCGAUACACAAGAUGGUGAUUCCAAACCUGGAUUGGCCAGCUACCUCGACGAGUUCCUGAGCGCGAUCAAAGUCUUUGGGUACUUGGAGCGACCGGUGUUUCACGAAUUGACUCGGACUAUGCAGACCAGAAAAUUGAUCGCCGGCGAGACCUUGAUGUUAGAGGAAGAGAAAGGCUUCUGUUUGGUGGUUGAUGGCCUGGUUCAGAUCUUCGUCAAAUCAAUUCGUGAGGGCAAGCCGGGGGUGGAAGAGAAUAUACAUCUGGAUGAUGUGACAUCGGAGGAUGAAGAGGACAAUUCAAACGGUCGCCAGGGAUAUCAACUGCUGACCGAGGUGAAGAAUGGCGCGUCCAUGUCGUCUCUCUUUUCCAUCCUGCAGCUGUUCACUGAAGAUAUUAAAUUGCGCAACACACAUAGCCCAAGCUCCCGCAGCUCGAGCGUAGCAACGCCUCAUACCCCACGAGCCCCGGACUCUCUUCCAGUGAGUCCUGGUAUCGACAUGCUCGGGAGCCCGCAGUCGAGAGCAGGUGAUUAUACCAAUUUGACGCCCGGUCUUAAUGGUCAUAGCGAUUCAUUACCGACAGUGCCUCCAUUGAACCUGGGAGAGAGCCAUGCUACUCUUCCUGGGCGACCCCAGCCGCAGUUGGGUCGGCCGUUUUCCAAGCGAAGAAAGUCGGUACAUCCAGAUAUUGUCGCCCGAGCCACGGUGGAUACGACCAUUGCAAUUAUUCCCGCCAGCGCGUUCCGUCGUUUAACUCGAGUUUACCCAAGAGCGACCGCCCAUAUUGUGCAAGUGAUUCUGACGCGUCUUCAACGAGUGACAUUCGCAACUGCCCACUCCUACUUAGGCCUAGGAACAGACGUGCUCGGCAUUGAGCGACAGAUGUCGAAAUACACCUCUCAUGAUCUACCCAAUGACCUGCGCGGCGGCGCUUUGGACCGGUUGAAGAACAAAUUUAUGCAGGAGCGAGACCGCCUCGGACCUGAAGAAGUCGGCAAGGGCAUCGCCCUGCAUAACCCGGCUGUUGGACGGAGGCGCCGUUCCAGCAGUUCCCUCCGAAAGGAAGCGAUUUUACAAGCUCGUAUGGAUGGAGGAAGCCGAACCCUCGCUCUGACACCCCAAAGGCGACCCCAACCUCGCUACACCGAACGCGAUUCGAAUGGAGUUAGCCCUGGUGAUUUGCUAUCUACAAUCCAGCUAUCCCGUUUUGGACCUCGUCACGAUACUAUGGGACAUAACCUUGCGAGUCCCUUGACGGAGCGAGAACGUCCUCUGUUUCGACCGGCUGCUGGCAUUGAUGGCCUCUCAGCAUCUCCGUUCCAGCGAAAGGAGUCAGUUGACGAAGAAACGCUGUUCCGCGAGUCGAUUCUGGAAUGUAUGAUGAAAGGUAUCGGUCUGAUGGAAAGUACAAGCGAUGCUCUUCGAAAAGGCAGCCAUGCUUCCGGUGAUGCAUCUCCCAGGCUGCUGUCGUACGACUCUCGGCGACAAAAGGCUGUGUUCUCUAAUGCAUUUGGCUUCAUCGAUCCAUAUGAAGAAUCCGGGGAUGGCGAGACGGAGUCCAUGAUGUCCAUGUCUGUGACCAGUGCCGGUGGAACAUCACCGGUGAUCAAUCUGCGCGAAGAGUUGCGCCACGACAUUGAAGUCGUCUACUUUCCACAAGGUUCAGUUCUUGUAGAACAGGGAGAGCGCCACCCGGGCCUUUACUACGUGAUUGACGGAUUUUUAGAUGUGGGUGUCCCGGUUAAUGAACGGGGGGAUGACCUCGUUGGCUCGUCACGUCCUUCUGCAUCGAAUCCACAGGAGGAGCUCUUCCCUCCAUUGGGCCGAACUACCACCGGAUCCUCACGUACUUCUGGCGCAACAGGCACAACAGACUCUCGCCGCAAGACCCAGUCGCGCAAGUCACUAUAUAUGAUCAAACCCGGAGGAAUGCAAGGGUAUGUCGGUGCCCUGGCCUCCUAUCGCUCAUACACGGACGUCGUUGCGAAGACAGAUGUCUAUGUGGGAUUUCUACCUCGUGCAUCCUUAGAGCGGAUUGCAGACCGAUACCCCAUUGCGCUAUUGACCCUGGCCAAGCGUCUGACAAACCUCCUUCCUCGUCUGCUCCUCCACAUCGACUUCGCACUGGAGUGGGUGCAGGUAGGCGCGGGGCAACCGAUCUACCACCAAGGAGAUGAGAGUGAUGCGAUUUAUCUUGUGCUGAACGGUCGUCUACGGUCUGUUUUGGAAGGUCCAAAUGGCAAGAUGACCGUGAUUGGUGAGUAUGGCCAAGGCGAGAGUGUGGGCGAACUCGAGGUUAUGACCGAAUCUACUCGGCCAUCAACCCUACAUGCAAUUCGAGAGACCGAGUUGGCAAAGUUUCCUCGAUCACUGUUCAAUAGUCUGGCUCAAGAGCAUCCAGGCAUCACUAUCCAGGUAUCCAAGCUGAUUGCUCAGCGCAUGCGUGACUUGGUAGCACACCCUCGGUCUGAGAAAGGAGUUGAACAAGCUCAUGUUGGCGGCGUCCAGACUGCGACAUCGAACGUUAAUCUCCGCACAGUUGCUAUCGUUCCAGUCACCGCAGGAGUUCCGGUAGUUGAAUUUGGUCAUCGGCUGCUGAAUGCCUUGCACCAGAUGGGUGUGCCAAGAGGCGUGACUUCACUUAACCAAGCUGCGAUUUUGAACCACCUAGGCCGCCACGCUUUUAGCAAGAUGGGAAAGCUCAAACUUUCGCAGUACCUGGCAGAUCUCGAAGAGAAGUAUGGAUUGGUGCUUUACAUCGCUGAUACCAAUGUCAAUGCGCCCUGGACACAAACCUGCAUCGCACAAGCAGAUUCUAUUUUGCUGGUGGGUGUGGCGGAGGCAUCAUCCAGAAUUGGAGAAUAUGAGCGAUUCUUGCUUGGCAUGAAGACGACUGCGAAGAAGGAGCUGGUGCUUCUACACUCUGAACGAUACUGUUCGCCCGGGCUGACGCGACGUUGGCUUAAGAACCGGCUGUGGAUCAAUGGUGGUCACCACCACAUCCAAAUGGCCUUCCGCUUGACUACUGAGCCUUCCCAUCCUCAUCCCAAGAAGUUUGGAACUGUGCUCAAGCAGCGUGUCCAGAUCCUACAAGCGGAAAUCCAGAAAUACACUUCACGACGUAUUCAGCAGACGCCCUUGUAUUCAGCACAGACUCCUUUUAAGGGCGAUUUUCACCGCCUGGCUCGCCGACUAUGCGGCAAAUCUGUCGGACUAGUACUGGGCGGCGGAGGCGCCCGCGGCAUAGCACAAGUCGGGGUAAUCAAGGCGCUUGAGGAAGCUGGAAUUCCGAUUGAUAUCAUUGGCGGGACUUCCAUUGGUUCAUUUAUUGGAGCUCUGUAUGCACGAGACGCCGAUGUGGUCCCAAUGUACGGCCGUGCAAAGAAAUUCUCAGGCCGAAUGGGGAGUAUGUGGAGAUUUGCGCUGGAUUUGACCUAUCCAACGGUCUCCUACACGACAGGUCAUGAGUUCAAUCGUGGAAUCUUCAAAACUUUCGGUGACAGCCAGAUUGAGGAUUUCUGGCUCGAGUUUUACUGCAACACUACCAACAUCAGCCGGUCUCGCGCGGAGUACCACUCGUCAGGAUACGUGUGGCGGUAUGUGCGUGCGUCCAUGUCAUUAGCUGGCUUGCUUCCUCCCAUCUGCGACGAGGGUAGCAUGCUACUUGACGGAGGGUAUAUCGACAACCUCACUGUGGCGCAUAUGAAGAGCCUUGGCGCCGACGUUAUCUUUGCCGUCGAUGUGGGCUCCAUCGAUGACAAUACACCCCAGAGCUACGGCGACUCACUAUCCGGAUUUUGGUCGAUGUUCAACCGCUGGAAUCCCUUCUCCUCUCUCCCAAAUCCGCCUACAUUGUCUGAACUCCAAGCUCGCCUCGCCUAUGUCUCCUCCAUCGAUAACCUGGAACGGGCCAAGAGCCUCUCCGGAUGUCUUUACAUGCGCCCGCCGAUCGAUCCAUACGGAACGCUGGACUUUGGUAAAUUCGACGAGAUUUACCAGGUCGGAUAUGCAUAUGGCAAGGAAUUCCUCGAUCGUCUUAAGAACGAGGGAUCUCUUCCUAUUCCCGAGGAGACGGAAGAAAAGCGCAAGUUACAGCGGACUAUGGCUCCUCGAAGAGCUAGUAUUUGA